UCAUUGGCCGCUGCGUGUUGACAAACGAAGGAGAUUGCACAUGCGUGAACGUGGUGGGCGGAGAUUGUCCUGUCGGUCAGGAAGAGAGAAAGGCGGACAGAGAAACGGGGAUGUCUGCAAUCAGGAAGAAGUUGGUGAUCGUCGGGGAUGGUGCUUGUGGGAAGACUUGUUUGCUCAUUGUUUUCAGCAAGGAUCAAUUUCCAGAAGUCUACGUGCCCACUGUGUUCGAGAACUAUGUCGCAGACAUCGAGGUGGAUGGAAGACAGGUUGAACUGGCACUUUGGGAUACAGCAGGUCAAGAAGACUAUGACCGACUGAGGCCUCUGUCCUACCCAGACACUGACGUUAUCCUAAUGUGUUUCUCUGUGGACAGUCCUGACAGUUUAGAGAAUAUUCCCGAAAAGUGGACUCCUGAAGUGAAACAUUUUUGUCCCAAUGUUCCCAUCAUCCUGGUGGGCAACAAAAAAGAUCUGCGCCACGAUGAGCACGCCCGACGAGAGCUCGCCAAAAUGAAACAGGAGCCGGUUAAAUUUGAAGAUGGAAGAGAAAUGGCAAACCGCAUCAGUGCCUACGGCUACCAGGAGUGUUCCGCCAAAACCAAAGAUGGGGUGAGGGAAGUUUUUGAGAUGGCAACACGAGCAGCCCUGCAGGCUAAGCGAAACAGAAAGAAGGCUGCCUGCAUCCUGUUAUAGGCUCCUGGUAAAGAGGGAGCUGUUGUUAAGCACAGAUGAAGCAGGCUGCUUCUAUUGAUUUUUGAGGUGGGAAGCUGGGAGUGUGUGUAUAGUCUUUGAAUCAAAUCAAAUUGGAAAUGAGUCCACAAGCUUCUGCAUUUUGCUUCUUGGUUAUAAGGAGUAAGCUCUAUGCUAUUCGCCUGACAAUUAUCAAAAAGAGAUCUGAUUUUAGAAGAGUGUUUAAUGAGGUGAGGUUCAUUUUUCUGACAUGAGGGAGUAGAGACAGAAAAUAAAAUGCUUUUUUUUUAAUUGUCCCAAAGACAAUGAAAGCAUGAGAAAGAAAUAAAAAAAGUCAAAGAUGUCACAGGUUUGAGUUAUGUUUAAGUGGGUUCUUACACAGCAAUGCCUACAUUUAGUGCCUUGAAAGCAGGGGUCAAGAAAAGUUAGUUAAAAAUCAAGAAAUCAUCCCUCUGAUAAGUUAUUUUGUUUCAUUUUCAUGUGUUUUCCAUGAACUUCUGAAAGCUCUUUUCCUGUCCUUGUCCUUUAGACUCUUUUGUUUAGGACUCAGGCACUAUGCAGGGGCAUGGCUAACUACUACAUUGUAUGAUUUUUGUUUUUCCCAUACUGACCAACUGAGCUGUAUUUAGAGUGUGUAUGCAGCCCUGAAUGUGUGUAUAUCUGUGGGGUUGUUUGUAUUAUCAAAUGUGUCAUGUACUGUACUCCUGAAAAGGACGUAACCUUUUGUCUCCAUGCCAAAGUUGCCCCCCCAAUGGCCACAUUUCCUGGCUCUGGAGGGUAAUGGAAUUUGCAGUUACUUAAGCGUGACAGAGAAACCUUCAUUUUACUAGAAGAUGUACUAUAGCCUGAGGCACAAUCAGAUUCAAUAUGUUUUAGGGACCUUAUUAUUGUGCAUAUAUUACGUUCAUUUAUGUUAAUUCUUUAGGACAUAUAUGAUGCAAUCAAGUAUUCUUUCAUGUAGAUCUUCAGUAGAUGUCAUUUCUGUCCAUUAUGUACUUGCUGUAUGUCAGACAGAACCUUGUAAUUCGAUGUUAACUUUGUAUUUUAGGUUGGCUUCUUAUCCUGACCUGUACCCCCCCCCCCCCCCCUGUAAAUUAUAGUCUUUUUGUUUUUAAAUCCAGAAUGAUGGUGUAUGUUCUCAAUUUUCAAUUAACUGGGUUUUAAUACUUUGUAGACCCACAAAUUAGGAUUACUGGAGCAGGUUUAAAAUACAAAUGCCUUAUAAAUGACAAGAGUUCAGUUACCUUUGUAUAAGCUCUAAGGAUUCAUGAUGUCUUGACUUUUCUAUUUUGGUUCAUUUCUUUGCUAUCAUAUUUUAUUAUUUUAGCUAGUCCUGCUGUUACAAUCUUGUGCCAGUUCAAAUAUAAACUAAUCAUUGUAUUGUCCUUGUUUGAUCACGGUAUAUAGGUGGUCGUUAGAGCUUUCUUUUGUGUGUGUGGGGGGCAGUGACAUAAAGAGAUCGAUAUAAUUUUUCCUUCAAUGAAACUGGCAUCAGGGGCUUUAAUUGUAUUAAUGUUUUGUGUUUUUAUGUGUUCUAUACUCAAAAAUGAUUGCAUACAUCAUGUUCCACAUUCACUCAGCAUUAAAUUACGUUACUUCCUACAA